UGGUGCACAGUGGAUGACCGAUCAACAGAGCCGAAGAUUUCGGCUCGGUCAUGUGAUCAGCUGUGUCCAAUCACAGCUGAUCUCAUGGCAUUGAUGAUCAGUGUGCCCUGAUGAUCUGUGUAGCCCCAGCAGUGCCACCUGUCAGUGUCCAUCAAUGCCACAUAUCAGUGCCUACCAGUGCACAUCAAUGCCACAUAUCAGUGCUCAUCUGAGCUGCCUUUCAGUGUCACAUAUCAGUGCUGCCAGUCAGUGCCGCCUAUCAGUGCCAGUCAGUGCCGACUAUCAGUGUGCAUCACAGUGCCAGUCAGUGCCAGCUAACAGUGCCAGUCAGUGCCGCCUAUCAGUGCCAGUCAGUGCCACCUAUCAGUGCCAUUUAUGAGUGCUGCCU